GUUUUAUAUUUCACGUAAUGUGUUUAUAAAGUAAGAAUGUAUAAUAUGGCUGACGAAAUAAAAAGAGGCAGUACCGUUACUAGUAUUUGUCGGAACUUAAAACUUGGGAAGUCGAAUAAUAAACGUUUAAACCUUGGCGAGGAUUCAAAACAACGCAAGGGUAUAUCUAACUGUUCGUGGCUUUUAGUCGGGGAAGACGGUACAGUAUUAUUGGAAGCGCCCGCCGAACGGGAACAGAUCCGUCAAUGUAAUUUCACAAGUAUCAACCCAAAGCGUGGGUACCUCGAUAAACGAGAGCAAAGUAUUUUACGUAAAGAUCGACGGUCAACACGGGAGCCCCCUGAGAUACAAGAGAAACUUUCAUUGAACCUUGACCUCCCUCUUGCACCGAAUUACUUCGGGCCGAAUGAGGAUGAGAAUGAACAAGCGCUGGAUUUAACGAAAAACUCACGAAAACCAGAUUCACCGUCAAGUUGUGAUUCGAACCCACGGACAUCGGCGUUUUCGAUCCGUGACAUCAUAUCAUUGUCUCCUACCCCACCGUGUGGGGAGAAUACACAUAGAGAUCGUAUUAAUGAAGGAAAUAUUGGAGAAACGACGGAAUAUAAUCAAGACCAGUUUGAAGAUUGUCUUCAAAUAAAAACCGAACCUAGUUUUAUGUCGACGCGCUCCACCGCACACAGCAAGGAAUCGUUUCGAUUAAAAACAUCGAAUGCUGACUCAGCAUAUGGGUCUUCCCCCGAUGAGGUGACAUGCCCUCCAUUUCCCUCUAGUGGCCAAAGUGGUCGUGAUUCGUUCCACAUUCAACCUACGUCCGCACAACAUCCAAGUUUCUUAUCUGGAGGUUCCAACAUGAGUGACUUGGACGCCCUGUAUUUAACUUCUCGGAGGUUGGGAAGAGUGGGAGCAGGAGUGGGAGGAGAUGAGGAGGAAGAAGCAGAUGACCAAAACUUGGACCACCCUCAUUCCAACACAUCCAGGGAAACCCCCCGCUUAUGUAACUUCUUCACCGGCCAAUCACGCGUCCGGAAACAUCGGCACCUGUCGUGUAGGAGCACCCCGACCCCAAGCAUGAGGUACAGCGACCCGAGCUCCCCCGAGGAAUCCAUCUUCACAUUAUCCGAGUUAGAAGGAGGAUUCUCAUCCUCCAAAAAACGAAGGAUUCAUUUCUGUGACUUUGAAGGCUGUGAAAAAGCUUAUACCAAAAGCUCACACCUGAAAGCUCAUAGGAGAACGCACACUGGUGAGAAGCCGUACCGCUGUACAUGGGAGGGUUGCACCUGGAAGUUUGCGCGAUCCGACGAACUCACGAGACAUUACAGGAAACACACGGGAUAUAAGCCCUUCAGAUGCCGCCAAUGUGAAAGAGCGUUCUCGAGGUCCGACCACCUGGCUCUACACAUGAAACGGCACCAACUUUCAUCCGCUUGAAUCGCUUUGUUUAAUUUCUGCUUCUUCCGCAAAUAAUAGAUAAAAGUUCCACAACACGAGUUGUUUAUUACGUCCUUUUGACGUCAUUAGCGUAUAUUGUUCCCUUAGUUACGCAACAAUCGCUUCUUUAAGGCGUCUUAUUCAAUUAAAUAAAACGAGCGACGCAGAA